AUGAUUUUGUACAGGAGAGCAGCUCUUGCUGCUGUAUUCUGCCUUGGGGCUUUUACCCAACCUGCAAUUACCAGCUCCUAUGAGCAACAGGUGCCCAUUCUGAAAGAUUUCGACGAGACUGGCGUACUAGGCGGUCUCUACCGGCCCAACUCGACAAGCGCACGCUCACGCAUUGCGGUCUACGUGAUGCAUGCGGAGCAGGACUACACUUCUUUUGUGGCCUGUACAGAGCUGCCUAAGCGCGGUUACACUACCUUCUGUGCCAACAAUGAAGCCAGCAAGUAUGGAUACAUGUCGGACCUGAACUUUGAGGACAUGAUGACAGAAAUCAAGAUCGGGAUGGUCUGGCUACGGAACCUGACCGACAUCGACAAAGUCGUUCUUCUAGGCCAUAGCGGUGGCGGCGCAAUGAUGGCAGCAUACCAAAACAUCGCAGAGAACGGUGUUUCGGCAUGCAAUGGUCCCGAGAAAAUCUACCCGUGCUCUGAUGCGAUGGCUGGCCUUGAGCCUGCUGAUGGUCUACUGUUGCUUGAUGCGAAUUACGGUCUUUCGACUAUGGCCUUGCUGAGCCUCAACCCUGCGAUUGGGGAUGAGACCGACGCGUCUAAGCUCAACCAGUCUUUGAGUGUUUAUAACCCUGCAAAUGGAUUCAAGAAUAAUACACAAUCCAAUUACACCGCCGAAUUCAAACAGCGAUUCCAGCAGGGCGUCGUGGCACGCAACAAUCGGAUCCUACAGUAUGCCCAGGGACGCUUAAAAGCAGUUGAAGCAGGCAAGGGAAUGUUCGGUGACGAUGAGCCAUUGACUAUCCCGGCUUCACUUUACGUUGGAUUCAACAACCUAUUCUUUGCCCAGGACACGCGGUACCUACACCACACCACAUAUGCUUGGCCACUACUCCGUAAGAACGGUACCACUACCCAGAUCGUACCCUCUGUGCGUGUCCCCGGUAACUUCAAGGAUUACUCCAAUAACUGGGAGAGCGGCGCGUUGAAGACCACCAUCCGUCGAUUUCUGUCUACCUUUGCCAUCCGAGUCACCGACGAGUUCAAUAUCAAGACGGACAACAUAGAGGGAAUUGACUAUGCAUCGAGUCAGACAGCUCCCCAUGCUUCGGUUCAGGGUAUUCACGUACCUCUCCUGACCAUAGGUAUGACCGGUCAUUACGAGUACUUGAACGCCGAGAAGCUACACCUUAAUGCCGUUAGCAAUGACACUGCAAUUGCGUUUGUUGAGGGAGCUGAGCAUACUAUCAAUACCUGCACUGACUGUGAGUCUUAUCCUGGUGAAUUUGGGGACACUGUUGCGACAUGUUUCGAUUAUGUUGCGGACUGGUUGGCCAAGCCUGGUCGUUUUAUCUAG